GCUCAACCUCAUGGAGCGUCUGCCGCCGAACUUCCGUAAGGGGAAGAAAUACCCGGUACUAUUUGAUAUAUAUGGUGGCCCAGGUUCGCAGCGCACGGAAAAGACCUUUCGACGGACGGUUGACUUUAGCGCAUACUUGGGUUCGGAUCCCGAGUUGGAGUACAUAGUCGUCACGGUGGACAAUCGUGGAACGGGGUAUAAGGGGCUGAAAUUCCGUACCAUGGUCGCUGGUCAGCUGGGAAAGUUAGAGGCGGAAGAUCAAGUCUGGGCCGCCAGAGAGUACGGAAAACGAGACUAUGUUGAUGCCAAGAGGAUUGCUAUUUGGGGGUGGAGCUUUGGCGGAUACCUCACUGGUAAAGUUCUCGAAUUGGAUUCCGGAGCAUUCUCUUUAGGCAUUGUAUGUCCUUUCCCCAAUUCCUCUACUCCCCCCGCUCCCGACCUAGCCGCUAAAGCAGAAUAGAUGACGGCUCCAGUAACAGACUGGCGCUUCUAUGAUAGCAUCUACACUGAGCGCUACAUGAAAUCCCCGACCGCCAACCGAGCGGGCUACAAUGUCUCUGCGAUAUCCAAGACAUCUGGAUUCAAGAAUGUUGCUGGUGGCUUCCUCAUCCAGCACGGGACGGGCGACGAUAAUGUGCAUUUCCAGCACGCAGCUGUUCUUGUCGACACACUGGUUUACGAGGGCGUGAGUCCUGAGAAGAUGCAAGUGCAAUGGUUCACUGACUCAAGUCAUGACAUUGAUUCUGAUGGGGCCUCGAGCUUUUUACAUAAACAAUUGGCCAAAGCGCUCCACCAUGAGAAGAGAAGGACACCCGAGGGCAAUCAUCAGUGGAGCCGCAGGAGGGUUGAGGGGGGGCCAAUGCCAUAGACCCCUGUUUUACAAAAGCCGAAGUUAACAUCUCUUGUCAAGUAUAGUUAGCUAGCGCUGGUUACGUGGAGAGAGAAUUGGCGAACAGUGAUUUU